GAGCUCCAUUUAGACAAACCGUACACAGAGGGAGAGCGUCACUGAGAGCACACAUGUGCCAGUUAGCACACCGGCCACUUGGAGAGAAGGAUAUCACACUUUCAAAUCAUUACAGAGAGAAAGACCUAGGUCUGAAGGAGAAUUCAACUUUUGCUGUUGGGAAACAGAGGCAACAACUAAUACUGAUCAUCCACUGGAGCAAAACAACUUUUAGACUGUCAUGGCUCCUAGCUUGGCCCAGGCGUACAGGAGGAGAUGGUGGAUGGCCGUUACAGCCAUCAUAGAGAACCUGCUCUGCUCAGCUGUUCUGUUGGGCUGGGGCUCACUACUCAUCAUGCUGAAGAAUGAAGGCUUCUAUUCCCACAUCUGCAUUGAUAAUGAGACCGUCAACACUAACAUAACAUCCUUGGAAAGUGAUGUUUGGAAGAGUUGUGUGGAGCAGGAAGAGAUAUUGAAUCUGGGCUUCACCAUUGGCUCGUUCCUGUUGAGUGCAGCUACUUUACCUCUGGGGAUCUUAAUGGAUAGAUAUGGGCCCCGACCAUUAAGGCUCAUUGGCAGUUCAUGUUUUGCAGCCUCCUGUGCAAUGAUAGCUGCGGCUGCAUACAACCCUGAAGUGUUGUCAGUCCUCAUUUUCCUCGCUGUCUCCUUUAAUGGCUUUGGAGGAAUCUGUCUGACCUUCACCUCACUCACACUGCCAAACAUGUUUGGGAAUUUACGAUCAACCAUCCUCUCCCUUAUGAUUGGAUCCUAUGCUUCUUCAGCUGUGACCUUCCCUGGUGUCAAGGUGAUUUAUGACUUCGGCGUGUCGUUCCGUGUCAUCAUGUGGGUUUGGUCAGGUAUGGCCUGCCUGGUCUUCCUCAACUGCCUCCUGAACUGGCCCGCCGAAUCCUUCCCGGCACCUGAAGACAUCAGAUAUACUAAAAGGGUGAAGAUGAGUGGGGUUGUGACAGAGGACAAGAUAACUGGAGACAGGUAUGUCACUCAUGUCAACCUCAUGGAAGACAUGAUGGAGGGCAAGAAACCAGAACCCGAUCAGACAGACUCACAAAGCAGAGCUCAGGGCUCCGUGCCACUCUGUGUUUCUAUGUGCUCCCCUAUCUUGCUGUGGAGUCUCAUCACCAUGGCAAUGACCCAGCUGCGGCUGAUCUUCUUCAUGGGAGCCAUAAACAAGAUGGUGGAGUUUCUGGUCGCCCACGGCAACCCCAACCCCUCAGAAAAGCUGCAAAAUGAGGUGGAGGAACAAGUUGGUUUCUACUCUUCUAUCUUCGGUUCAAUGCAGCUGCUGUGUCUACUGACUUGUCCUUUGAUUGGUUACAUCAUGGACUGGAGAUUGAGGGAGUGUGAAGAGGAAAAUGCAAACACACAAACACAGAAGAGCCAAUCAGAUCCUCCAAAGAGAGACCGAAAGAUCCAGAAACUCACGAAUGCCAUGAGAGCGUUCAUCUUCACCAACCUUCUUUUGGUUGUCUUUGGAAUCCUUUCCUUGAUUGACAACCUGCCCCUACAGAUGGUGUCAUUUGUUCUGCAUACUAUAGUGAGAGGAUUUAUCCAUUCCUGCUGUGGAGGCCUUUAUGCCGCUGUGUAUCCAGCCAACCACUUUGGGACACUGACCGGUAUGCAGUCAAUGAUCAGUGCUGCUUUUGCCUUGUUCCAACAGCCACUGUUCAUACUGAUGUUGGGACCCCUCCAUGGCGAUCCUUACUGGAUCAAUCUGGGCCUCCUUAUCUUCUCCCUGGCUGGCUUCCUGUUGCCGGGCUAUCUCUUCUACCACCGCAGAAACCUGAUAAAGGCAAAGAGACAAACCGAUUUGCACGCAGUUAAUGGAUACACAUCAAAUGAGCAUUCUGAUUAAGAUUAAAGUAAAUGUGUAAAUGAUUGAUUUAUUUUUUUGUAAUCACUUCUAAGUAGAUUUUGAAUGUUAAAUAGAAGACAUAUUUAUAACCCCCAUGUCAGACUUCUCAUUUAGAAAAAUCCAUCACUUAAGAAUGACUGGCGGUGUCUCAGUUGUCAGCACUGUGGCUUCACAGUGGAGCCCUGUGUUGCACAUUCAGUUAUGAUCUUUUUGUGAUGUUUAAGUUUUGUGCCCAGUUUAUGGGAGAUCAUUUUCUCCACUUACAGCCUAAAUUACCUAUAAGUGAGAAUAAGUGCACACUGGGAAAACUCUGCAUGCAAGUGCAUCAUUGAAUGUGCUUGUGUGUUAAGUAAUCCAUCAUAUUAAACACCAAAAAUACAGUACAAUAAAGAACUCUUUAAAAUGUAAGCUUAAUUAGUGCAAAUUAGAGGAACAUAAUAUGGUACCCCAUAUGAUAACAGGGUAAUUGUCACCUAUGGCAGCAGAGGGUGCUGUUCAACAGAACUUACACAGUUGUGCUUUAAGUGGUCAUAUUAAGAUAGCAGGCCUGAAAACAAUUCGAAAUUGUAGCAACAGUCUCACAUAUACAAAAUAUAUAUGACAGUAUACAGUGUAGGUGAUGAUUUCCCUUGGUAGUUUCUGCUAUUGAAGAGGCUACCAAGAAGCCCCAUGUAAAUAACCCUCAGGUAGUGUUACAAAUAGUCCCCAAAUAGCGUUAAAUAAAGAGUUUGACAGUUGGGGAAAUGCUAUUUAUUACCUUACUGAAAGUUAGAUAGAAAAAUGAUGUUCUUGUGUGGAUUUGUACAUGUACUUGAUUAGUUAGUUAAGCUAGAUUUUAGCACAGCUUAGCAUACAAACUGAAAGCAGCCAGACUCGAUAUGUCCAACUACCGACAUCUUGCUCACUGUUGUUGAGAUAAACUGGAAUGUUUGUUUGGUAACUGUAGCAGAUAAAAGUUUUCCUUUAGGUUGCAUUUCAUCAUGACUUAGUGAAUUCAGGAUAUAUAUAGGAGUUGCAUUCGCUUCAGGUUUACAUUGGUGUGUUUCUCUAUUUACAGCUAUGUGAAAAUAUUGUAACAGGGAUAUAUGAGAUGUUUCUUGUACAAGAGCAUAGAAUGUAACUUGAUCCCGACUUGUGUUUAUUUCAUUCCCUGGAGAAUAUCAGCUCAUAAAAGUGAGAACUGGCAGGAAGUGCUUUAGGACAUUUUUCUGUGACCAGAAGUGAUUUUAUCUCAAAUUUAGAAAAUUAAAUCAAGUGUAUUACAUGUUUUCAUAAUACAAGACAGAAAAUUUGCACCCCUGGCUAAAGCAAUCAUGACCUCCCCUUAAAGCAGAAAAUUAAGCAAAUAUUUACUGACAGAGAAACACGUUUUAAACUUGUUAAAUUGGAAUUGUCAACUGGUUUCUCUAAAUUCAUAGCAGCAGAACCAAGCAGCCUUUACAUUAAUAUUCACAUAGCAUCCAACUCUCUCGUAUAUGUGAGAUAUUUGUAUGAUUUUGUAAAUGCGGUGUUUGGAAGUUUAAAAGUUUGUUUUAGAAGUUAUGCUGUUUAAUGCUUCAGUGCAUAAUAUUUUUUCAGUCUAUUUGCUGAAUUGUUAAUUUGUUAUUGCUGAUGAUGUUGCAAGACAUCACAAGCUGCAGAUGGUUCAGCCAAUCAGAGCUCUUUAAUGGUAUAGGGCCUUCAAUGUUAGUGUGAAAUAGUGUGAGACACAUUCACUUCCAGUUGUGAAUCAACACAUUUAGUCCACCCAGACUGCUCUAUCUGUUCAAACUUUUUAACCGAGAAAGAAGCAAUGCUCUCCAGAGUACAUGCAGUUUGAGUGAAGGGGAUGUAACUGCCCUCUCUAUCAGAAGUAUUAUAAUUGUUUUAUACUUCAACUGUUCAGUAUAAUAAUAAAUUAAUAUGAGCAGAUGGAAAGUACACUCACAUGAAUUGGGACCAAAGCAGGAGGGGAUAUAAAAUGAAUGCAGUCUCUGUCAUUGUCUUUGGAAUCAUAAGUAUCCUUCCUGGUUGCAUAAUUUCAUUGUGCAGUUAUAAAAUAGUAUAUAAAUGAGAGGUCAGUCUCUUCCUCUAUAAGCUGGCAGGGCACUGGACAGCCUCAAAAUGUUGCAGAUCAGAGUUAUAUCAGUUUGAAAGCUUGCAAAGUAAAGACAGCCAGUCAGUUCACAACCAGAAGCAAAUGUUUGUCACACUGUCAUGAAUGUAAUUGUACUUUUUUCCUAUCUGAAGUGGGUAAGGAUCUGCUCUGUCCGUCCUCUGAUUUACUUACCUUGACCCUCGUGAAUUAUCACGCUUAUCACCAAAACCCACCCUACCAAAGUGUGCAACAAGUACAAGCAUAUACUAGGGUAGGGAGUGACCUGCCUCUGAUUGGUGUCCGCCCAACUCAGGUGGCAAUAAAACAAGAUGUGCCACCAGGAGGACCAAAAUGAGGAGGAGGAGUUAAUGCAACAGAAAGUAAAUUGACUGAGGAUUUUGGUGAACAUGCUGGUCCCAUGAAUAUAACAAUAAAUAAAUAAUAAAUUACACUUUGUGUGUUGAGAUGACUGGCACAACCAUUCCCCCUACUCUCCUUCUCCUCCACCAAAGCUUUUCUGUGCAGGCACAAACUUGUUUAAAGAAACCAAAAAAGGGGGUUGGGAAAAGUAGGUAACUGUAUAUAUAUUAAAGUACAGACAACGGUAAAGCUGAUUUAUUUUACCGCUGCUUUUAUAUAAGCAAACAAUGUCAGAUAUGAUGAAUAAAGGUAUUAAACAGGGCUCCAGGGAACUGUCAAGAGAUAGUGGAUCCAGUGACAAUAAUUGGAUGAUAAGAUUUAUCCAGUGGAUAUAUCAUGACAUGUAAAAUAGUUGUAAUGUGUGCCUUUGUGUGACGUAUGCAAGCUUUGCAAGGCUUGCCUUGGUUUGAGCCAUAUUAAGUGAAAUCUCAUGUAUAAGCGUUUUGAUUUAAAAGCAGCAUUCGCACAAAUAAAGAAAACUAUUUUGUUUGA